CACAGCAGGUUUUAUAGAAGCCUCACGAGUGUUCAAGUGCCCCUUUCCCCCACUUCCUCUGAGGCGGUUUGGUGUGUCCUGGCUUUCACGGGUCACUGGCAAGAUCGGGCUCGCUUUUGGGGGCGCGGAACUAACCAACAAGCCCAGGGAGACCUGGCGGGAGUGGCCCGUGAUGUCAGCCGGGGCGCCUGUGGGCCGCACGUGACAAGACAGUCACUGGACAACGGGUGAAGCGGCAGCAUGGACUGGGGCACUCUGCACACGUUCGUCGGGGGCGUGAACAAGCACUCCACCAGCAUCGGGAAAGUGUGGGUCACCGUCCUCUUUGUCUUCCGCGUCAUGAUUCUGGUGGUGGCCGCCCAGGAGGUGUGGGGGGACGAGCAGGAGGACUUCGUGUGCAACACCCUGCAGCCCGGGUGCAGGAACGUGUGCUACGACCACUUUUUCCCGGUCUCGCACAUCCGGCUCUGGGCGCUGCAGCUCAUCUUCGUGUCCACGCCCGCCCUGCUGGUGGCAAUGCACGUGGCCUACUACAGGCACGAGGCUGCCCGGCGGUUCAGGCGGGGUGAGACGAGGAGUGAGUUCAAGGACCUGGAGGACAUCAAGCGGCAGAAGGUCCGGAUCGAGGGCUCGCUGUGGUGGACCUACACCAGCAGCAUCUUCUUCCGCAUCGUCUUCGAGGCUGCUUUCAUGUAUGUCUUCUACUUCCUGUACAAUGGGUACCACCUGCCCUGGGUGCUGAAGUGCGGCAUCCAGCCCUGCCCCAACCUGGUGGACUGCUUCAUCUCCCGGCCCACCGAGAAGACGGUCUUCACCAUCUUCAUGAUCUCCGCGUCCGUUAUCUGCAUGCUGCUCAACGUGGCCGAGCUGUGCUACCUGCUGCUCAAGGUGUGUUUCAGGAGGUCCAAGCGAGCGCAGACGCAGAAAGCACCCGCCAACCACGCCCUCAAGGAGAGUAAACAGAACGAGAUGAAUGAGCUGAUUUCCGAGGGCGGGCAGAACGCCAUCACCGGGUUUCCCAGUUAAACAGUGGAAGGCACCGCAUAGCUGGCUUUCCUAAUUCAUAGACACCUGAGUUAACUUCCUGUAGAAUAACCAGGAUGGGACCAUGUGGUCUGUUCUUGACAACCGGGCCAUGGUGUAACUUUACAUGUGGGUUUCAAUGGACAGUCUGACAUGGGGGUAUUUCCUGAAAACUUAAGGACAUAACUGAUGUCGAUAAAGGACAUUCAUCUAGAAAUUGAUACUUUUAUUAGGAAAAGAUAUUUUUAUAGGAUUGAAUGUUUUAGUUCUGAAUUUAUAUAAAGUAUUUUUAUAAUGACUGAUCUUCCUUACCUGGAAAAACACACAAUGUUAGUUUUCGAAUCAUCCCGUAAGUGUCUAAUAUUUGAACUUACUCUGUCCUGUCGUAGAUAUCUGCAUUGUCAUGAGCUGUCUUGGCUGUUAGGGUGGAAAGUGUUUGCUGUACAAUGUAUUUUCACUGCUUUCUGGGCAUGGCCAGAGCUAUAUGAAAGGGGGAAGCUUUUCAAAUGGGUGAUUUGCAAUCCUUAUGAACAGCUGAUGCAAGAAUGCACUCUCAAUAAAGAUGAGUCGUUGCUGAA